AUGCUUGUGACAGAGGCAGUAUUCGAAAACAAAAAUAUUACAGAUAGAUCAAAUGAUAAUAUUACUUUAAAUGGCGAUGAAACACGUGUAAAACACAAUUGCUCAAGCUGCACGCCAGAACCACUUAACUACAACGAAAACUCCACGAAAAAUAUUAAUGAAACAUUAAACUCCAUUCAAAUAGAAAAACCAGCGACAUCGUCAUCCACAAAUAAAGAAGCUUAUAGUGGGCCCGUACUGAAAUACUUUUCAAAGAAUAAUACUAUAGCGGAUAAGCAAAAAUCUAAAGGUCAUUCAAAAAAUAGCAUCACUAGAAAAAGAAGAUCAGCAAACUACAAAAGUAAUCCUGCAUUGAUAGUAGAUUACGAAACAUCGCACACCCUGGGUACGUCUCAAAAUGAAAACCCUGUCGGCCGCACGGGAAACAGAUAUAUUAAAGGAUCAGAUUUGGCCGACUUCAGCAUCCAAACUCUACAUAGCGAUGGGCUAUCUACAAGUGACCCAUUAGUAAAAGAAAAUGACCAAGAAAGGCCGCUCCAAGGGCCCCCUGAAAGCUCAGAAAAUGUACACGAUAAUAAUUCAGCAUCGUCAGGAGAGGGUGAAGACAAUCGUAAUAACUACGACAAUAAAUCGCUAUCCGGUGAAGUCAGCAGUGAACGAAAUGCGGAGAGCAUCGUAAAUUCGCCCAAUACAUCAGAGGAUGAUGAAAGUGAUACAAACAAAUCUCCUGAAAUUGAAUACCCCAUUAAAAGUGAAGAUAAAGUCGAACAUAGGUCUCGAAAUGAUGAUGCUGAUGAUUCAGUGGAAGAAUCCGAUGAAAGACCUAAUGAGAAUUAUAAGGAUAAAUUAAGAACUUCCAAAGACUUUGAAAGUAAUGAAAAUGAUUCUAGCAAUGAACAGAAAAAUCAUUCUUUAGAAAAAUCAUUAACUAAACCUGAACAUGAACACUUUAAAAAUAAAUACGAUGAAGUGUCUGAUAAUAAACGACAUGAAAAUUAUGAACACCGUUCGUCUGAUGAAGAAUCAGACAAUGUUUCUGUACCAGAGAGUGAGGAAAAUUCCAGCAUCGAAAAAAGUCAUGCUAAAUUUAAUGCUGGUGAAGUCAAACCAGUAGUAGAAAUUAAUAAUGGUAGUAACGAGUCAAGUGAAGAAGCCGACGAGGAAGACCAUCAAAAAGUAAUUGCAAAUGACGAUAGCGUAGAAACAUUUGUUAACAAUCCGAAAGAUACAAAAAUUACAGAAAACAGUAGAGGUAAAACCAAGGAGAGUUUAAAACAAGAUUUCGAACGUAUACCGUUAGAUUAUAAUCAUGAUGAAAAGUCUAAUGAAGACAGUUCCGAUCCAACUAAUAACAGUUCUCCUAAUAAAAUUCGCAAACCUGUACAAAACAAUCCGGCAGAAGGGAGCCAUAAAGAACGCUUCGACGAAAAUUUAAAUAUUAAAUUCGAUGAUGUAAGUAUUAAACUACCAGAAAUAAUUCUUCCUGAUGAUAUAUUGGUAAACGCUUAUGAAGAACCUAAUAAAUCUAAUGAAAACUUAUCGGACACGAAAAAUGAAGAAUCUUCGAAAGAAGUAGAAGGAGAUAACGAUGAUCAAAAUGAUGACAGUGAAGAUCCACAUGACGUGAUUGAUCAUGAACACUAUCGUCAUGACUUAAGUCCUUAUAAAGAGAGAUUAAUACUGAACAAUAAAAAUACACACAAAAAGAAAGAAGACCAAGUGGAAGAUGACAGUUCUGCAGACCUGUAUGAGAAGUUUGUGCGAGAAAGAUUUGGCAAACGAGGAUCAUUUGAAAAACGAUCGGAACAACUACAAGAACACAAAUACGAACCAGUCGACCCUCAGCUGCAUGAAACGGUACAGAAAAUAUUGAAAAAGACUGACACAACUAGAAAACAGGCCGAAAAAAGUGAUGACCCUAAAGCCAGUUACUUGUGGACUCUAGAAUAUGGAGAAAAACUAUAG